CAAAGGUUAUUUAUUGUAUUCAUGCACUUAGUCACCUGUUAUCACAAAAGCGUUUGGCUCCCAAUAUUAAAAAUUUAUUAGGCCAACUUCAAUUCACUAAUGAGGAGUUAACUAAAACUCAACGUCAUUUGGAUAUGUCGGGUGUGCCUAUGCCUAACUUUUUAAAUAUUCGUACUUCUUUAAAACGUGAAUUAAAUGAAUUUUCUAAUGAUGAUGAUGAUGAUGAUGAUAUAUGUUCUAUUACAACGAAUGGUGACUAUAGCUAUCAACGUUUAGCUAAAUUAGGGCACUCUGGUGUAGACUAUUACAAUACGGAUAUACCUGAGCUUAUCAUUGAGGAAGAAGGAGAAUGGGAUUCAGAUUCAAGCCAAGCUUCUAUUACUGCAGGAGAAGAAGAAAGGGAAUUGAACGAAAAGAAAUUAAUUGUAUGUCAAACCUGGAUUCGUACUUGGCUCGCUAGAAAGAGGUUUAAUAGAUUACGUCAAUACUAUCGAUCCGAGCCCUUUCUUUCUAUCCUUAUUCGAUUUCAAGCAUCUGUUAGAGGGAAUAGAGCUCGUAAGAUGCUCCACUUGAAACAAUCUAAUUUUUCAGUUCACAUUGAUUUUAUUAUUCAAUUUCAGGCUGCUUGUAGAUCCUAUCUGGUUCAAUCCAGGAAGGGAAAGAUCAUGCAUCAUUAUCAUACCAACAUAGAUAAAAUCAUCAGGGCUCAACGAAUCGUGAAGACUAAAUUUAAUAAUAUAGCCUAUCUCAAAUUGAAAACAAACGUAAAUCCGUCUGUGAGUGAAGUCAAGAAUUUUAUUCAUUUAUUAGAUAAUAGUGAUCUUGAUUUCGAUCGUGAAUUAGUGAUAGAGGCCCUUAGACAACAAGUGAUUGAGAGCAUUAAAGAAAACAAUGAAUUGGAUGCUCAUGUUAUGCUAUUGGACCUUCAGAUUGCUCUCUUUAUAAAAAAUGUAAUUACAUUUGAGGAAGUCUUGAAACAAAGUGGUGCCUUUAAGAAACGCAAGGAACAACUGAUGAGUAAAGCAAUCGAUAAAAUGAACAGUCCAGCUCUGGAGGGGCCCUUCUCGUUAUCCCUUACUGAUAAAGAAGGUAGAGAACGUCGUGCACUCUUUGAACAACUCGUUUACCUCUUACAGACCCAGCCAAGGUACCUUACCAAUCUAUUAUCAUUACUCAAUCGAUCAGGGGUCUGCAGUCAGCGACUCAUCGAGUCCACUGUACUUUCUUUAUUUGGUUAUGCUACAAAUACUCGUGAAGAAUACUUGAUGAUCAAUCUGUGUAAGUCAUGCAUCGAUGAAGAAAUAAAGGGUAUAGGAAACACCCAGGAAUUUAUGCUUGGGAACUAUAUCUUUAUGAAACUUAUCGUUCAGAUUAAUCGAGGAGCUAAAGAGCGUGAGUUCUUCCGUACCUUACUAACUCCACUCAUCAAUCAAGCUAUCUGUAAUGAAUUUAUGGAUUUAGAUUUAGACCCUAUGAGUAUAUAUCAAAAGAUUCAAAACGGUAAGGAAUCAAGAACCGGUACACCCUCCAAUCGACUCCCACCGAGUUCUGUUAAAGAAGCCCUUGCUGAUUCAAAUGUCUUGGAUAUUUUUACGACUCAUGUGGAUAACCUGAAAGAGAUUGUAGGGCACUUUAUCUUGACUAUCAUAUCCACCGUCAAUGAUAUACCUUAUGGUAUUCGUGUUAUAGCUAAGGAGCUUUGGCUUGUUCUUAAAGAUAGCUUUCCAGAUGAGUCUCACGAUCGUAUUUUGCGUGUCAUUGGUCAUUUUAUUUAUUAUCGUUACCUAAACCCUGCUAUUAUUGCGCCUGAACAAUACGAUGUUAUUUCUGCAGUUGUUACACCUUUACAAAGACGAAAUUUAGCAGAAAUUUCCAAGAUACUUCAGAAAAUAUCUAGCGGAACAUUUUUUGAAGAUGAACCUCACAAGACACUGUUUAAUGAUUAUAUUGCUGAAGCAAGCAAAAAUUUUAAUGACUGGUUUUUAACAUUAAUUGAUGUUGAAGAUCCUGAAACUUAUUUUGAUAUGAAUGAAUUAACCGAUCAUAUUAUCCCUUACAAACCUACCAUUCAUAUAUCUCCUCUAGAAUUAUUUCAUUUACAUUAUAUACUUGAAAAGAAUUUAGAAGAUAUUGAACCAGAAGGCUCUGAUAUUUUGCGAACAAUUUUAUAUCAUCUUGGUCCAUCACCCUAUCAUCCUGAAAUUGAAUUACCUGAGUCUAGUAUAUGUCUCACAUUAUCAACUAAGGCUAGCUUAGCUCCUAAAGAUGAUCUUGAAGCUCGUGUUCAAGAAAUGAUACUGGAUGCUAAACGACUAAUUGUAUAUGUCAUCAAGAUUCAGUCAGGACAUGAUCUCAAUGAUAUCUUUAAUGCGCGAGUCACUGAAAAACAGGAAACUGUUUGGAAAGAUAGUAUAUCAAAAGAGUUUGUAGAGAAGGAUGAUUUUGUUGCUUCAAAAAGAAGAUAUAUUAUAUUAGGAAAUUCUAAAAGCAAAGUAGAUUUGGCAAAGAUUACCUUCUAUCAGCUUAAGGAAAUUACACGUGGAUUAGUUGAUAAUUUAGUACGUAAUAAUAUCAUUCAAGGUUAUCAAGAAAUAAUCAGUAUGAUUGCUCGUGAUAUCACAGGCCAACACUCUCGUCGUCUUCAACGAAAUAAGGAAUUAUUUAGUCUCAAGUCUACCUUGAAUCAUUUGAAAGAAAAACAUGAAUAUUUAAUAGAUCAAUACAAUUCAUAUGAGCAUUAUCUGAACGGGUGUAUGACAGCUAUGGUGACGAAGAGAGGUCAAAGGAAACAUAAGCUUACCUUGCCAUUCACUCGUCAAUAUUUCCAUUUACGACGUUUGCAAAGGAAAGGAAUAAUGCCCAAAUUUGGAACUUAUAAAUAUACAGCCAAACAAUUGUAUGAUCGUCAUAUUUUAUUACAUGUGGAGGAUGUCCCUAAGCGUUUCUAUGAUCGUAUAUCGAUUAUUUUAUCCAUGCAUGAAAUUGGUGUGAUUACUAUUGAAGGUAAUUAUUCUGAUUGGCCCAUGUCAACUAUACAAGUGAAUAUGCGCUAUGAAGAAUUGUUACAAACACAAUAUGAAGGCUUUCAAACAAUGACAGUAUUGGAUGGCUUAGUUGAAGUUAAUGUUAAUUUACUUGUUUAUUUUAUUAAUAAGAAAUUUUACGCUUAGUACAAGUUACUAAACUACUUUAUAUACACAUAUAUAUAUAUAUAUUUUUUUGUUUA